AUGGCGCCUAGGUGGCCACAGGUAAACAAUGGCCCGGAACACAUCAACGAGCACGCCACAUACCUCAAGGAAGCAUGUAUUCAGCUGCAAGCAGUCGAUAGAGGACGACAGAACCAAAUACCCUGGAAUAUAGUACAGCAAUAUGUAACAUCAACCAUUGCACUCAUCGGGAAGGUCCUCCGACAGCCCUCAAUAGGGGAGGUCCUUCAGCAGGUUCAAGACACAGUCAGAUGCACCCAGACCAUCCAAAGAGACGUGACAAUCAUCAAAAACUCUGUGGGACUAGGCACUACUUCAAUCAACGCGUCCAAUUUCAGCGGAAGAAAGAAUGCGGCGGUAUCCUGGGCGCAAGUAGCUGCACACGCCAAAGGCUCUCCGCCUCUACCCCCACCUGUUCAACAAGGCGUAGACCCCUCCAGGACCUCACCUACUAUUACAGCAUACAAAGAUCGAACAGUUAUGGUCAAGCUAAAGGAUCAUGGUAUCGCCCAGCGUUUUCGAACACACUCAGCUGCUUGGACCAGGCAACAAGUACAAUCGUCCAUCCAGGACAACGCGUCGACCAAGUCAAUCAAAGUGGUUGCAGCGCACCAACUGAAGAGUGGUGAUAUACAGAUAUUCACAAGCACUACAGCAGAGGCUUCAAAACUCAAAAAGAACAUCGGGUGGGUGAAAGGUCUUGGAGAACAUGCGGAAAUCAUCGUGCCGACCUACGGAGUCAUUGCCCAUGGCAUCCCUACCAAUUCUAUCAACAUUAAGGACCAGACGGCAACCAUCCAGCAAAUACUGGCAGACAACUACACCGUGAUUCCUACCGCCGAGAUCUCGUACGUUGGAUGGCUUACAAAGGAAGCCACAUUGAAACGCGCAUCUUCGAUCGUCCUCGAAUUUACAGACCCAGAAAUGGCCAACGCAAUUAUUUAUGCAGGACUGGUAUGGGAUGGUCAGGUACAUCAAUGUCAACUCUAUGACCGCGCUUGCAGAGUGAAACAGUGCUUCCGCUGCCAUAAUUAUGGUCACAUCGGCACUCAAUGUAACGCAUCCCAAACUUGCGGCUAUUGUGCAGAGCAACAUGAGACCAAACACUGCAAGCAGAAAGGAGUCGAAGGGUUCACUCCCCAAUGCGCAGUAUGCAAAGAUGCUCACACUGCAUGGAGCAAUGCCUGCCCAUCAAGGAAAAAGGAAAUGGGACGGGUCGAACAGGCUAAGAAGGAUCGGAGCAUUUACUGGCAUGUUCCUCUGAGAGAGAAAGCGACACGGCCAAGUACACAUGAUACACACAUCACCGAUAUGACCCAGGUCAUCCACACACCGGUAGCGACCAUCACAACUCGACCAGCAAGCCAAAUACUGGUAGAAGCCGGGGGCCCUAUAACACAAGAAUCUAACACCGCCGUGCACGUCGAGCAACGAGCACCAUCGCCCACUAAUCAACUAACCGAACAGUCUAUAGUACACACAACUCAUACAAGAACACUGGUACGACCCCAAACACCGGAAGACGUACCAACCACAGAGCCCCUCGCCGCUCUGUCAGUCGAGGAGGACUGGGCAACGCCAGCGACGCAACAAAAUUCUCCAGCACAGCUGAUAGACCCGCGAAUCCUCAGUCAACCCGAGGGGAGCCAACUUCAACCAUCCACGGGCCAACUGGAUGAAGCAGAAGGAACAUUCACACUACAGGAUGCAGACGACUGGUUGAACGACGUGUUCGGUGUCAACGACGAGUUGGUGAACAAUAUAGCAGACACUGAACCAUCCCCGCCUACCUCCAUGGCAACAGAUACUCGUACAGCGCUGGGGAGGAUAUAUAAAGGGUGUAAAUGCCCUUCACAUCAGGAAAUCUACAGCGACUGGCCAACACACAAUGCCGAGCUGACGAUCGCCCAGUGCAUGAAGAUAUGCGUGUACUGUGGCAAAGACUUCGCAGUCGCAGCUGAAGUGCGCAAACACAUGAGACGAUACCACUGCACUCAACAAAAUGUGAGAAUACGCGUGGAAACACUCGGACGAGGCAGCUCCAGAACUCCAGCCUGGACCGAAAUCUCAGCCAACCAAUCGAAUCUGGAAGCCUCAACUCGUCCAUCGGAUACUCGAGAAUUACGCAUCUUACAGUACAACGUCCAGAAGUCAAGAGACGUCGUCCUCGCGAGCCUUUUCCAGGACUCCAGGGUCCUGGAAUACGACGUCUUAGCAAUUCAAGAGCCUUGGCGGAACCCCUUCACUGCUACCUCCUACCACCCCUUGAAGACUCACUACCAUCUAACCUAUAUGGACGACGCUAACACAAGGGUGUGCUUCUAUAUCAAUAAACGGAUUGAUCCUAGCUCUUGGGGCGUAUCGCUCAUUACCACCGACAUCGCUGUUCUCAAAAUCACCAACCCGACUGUUCACAACAAGUUAUGCAUCUUCAAUGUCUACAAUGAAGUGGCAACAGACACCCUCUCAAAACUAGGCGAAGCUAUUGGGGAGAUAGAGGCAACCGACGAACUCAUAGUGCUUGGCGACUUCAAUUUACACCACCCUCUAUGGUCGACAACACACCGCCGCGCCAACCGUGGAAUAUCAGCCGCCCAACCCCUGCUCAAUAUCGUCGAAAAUUCCCACCUCCAACUACUCACAGUGCCAGGCACUACGACCCACAGAUGGAAGGACGGAGAGACAACAAUCGACUUAACCUUCGCUUCGUGGGAUAUAGCAUCCCGCACGAUCUAUUGCAAGGUAGACACGAACUUAGACUACGACUCUGAUCAUCUCCCAAUCGCUACAGCUAUUGACUGGAGUUGGAAACCUGCUGCCCAGCCCAAGAAACGGAUGUGGGCUAAUACUAACCUACCACUACUUCGCCAAACUGUUAGGGACGGACUUCCGGAAGUGCCUAACGCCACAGAACUUCGAGGAAAGGACAGCAUCGACAAAUAUGUAAGAUCGAUUAUCAAUGCUCUCACAACCGGCAUUGACGCCUCAACGCCAUGGUCAAACCCAUCACCACGCUCCAUUUCAGGGUUUGACCAGGAAUGCAAGGAAAUGUGUAGUUCAGUGCAACAGCUACGCCGAAGGUGGCAACGAACAAGGCUGGAGGACGACUACGAAGCCUACCGACAGGCGCGCAACAGGAAGGGCCGACAUAUUCGAAAGACGCUUCGAAACACCCAUCGACAGAGGGUAGAGGAAGCAUCGGCCUCGGAAUCCGGUCUCUGGAAACUAGUUAAAUGGGCCAAGAACAGACACGUUGUAGCAUCCGCCUGCACACCGACACUAGUAAAGCCAGAUGGAGAGCUAGCCCACCAGCCGGAGGAGAAAGCAGAGACUCUACGCCAAACUUUCUUCCCGCCGCCGCCCCAGGCCGAUCUAUCAGAUAUCGAUGGAUACGAAUACCCUCGACCUAUCGAAUGCCCGCAGAUCACGCCUUCGGAGAUCGAAAGAGCGGUACGCAGGGCAGCUCCGAACAAGUCCCCAGGAGCGGACGACAUCACAAACGGCAUCCUCCAUCAGACCCUAGACAUCAUACUCCCAAGCCUCCACAGACUCUUCAACGCCUGCCUCCAACAGGGUUACUGCCCCAUACAUUUCAAAGAAGCAAUUACAGUAGUCCUCCGGAAACCAGGAAAAGAUGACUAUACGCAGCCUAAGUCAUAUCGACCGAUAGCUCUUCUUAAUACGCUAGGAAAGGCAUUAGAGGCAAUAAUCGCCAACCGCUUAACUUACCUUGCUGAUACCUAUCACCUCCUCCCAAUCCGACACACAGGAGGCCGGAAACUCGCAUCAACGGACCACGCUAUACAUCUCCUCCUCCAACGCAUACACGAAGCUUGGGCCGAUGGAAAGGUGGCAUCGCUACUCCUCCUUGACGUAUCAGGGGCCUUCGACAACGUCACCCGACAACGGCUACUACACAACUUAAGGAAACGACGAGUAAAUCAGAUGCUCGUGCGGUGGAUAAGCUCCUUUCUCGACGAUCGAUCUACGACCCUCAAGCUCCAGGAAUACACAGCACCCUCAGCACCUAUUCAAACCGGGAUUCCUCAGGGAUCACCACUCUCACCGAUUCUCUAUUUAUUCUACAACGCCGAUUUGAUCGAUGCAUGCAAAACCGAGAAUACAGAAGCUGUCGGUUACAUCGACGAUGCCUCUAUUUUAGCGGUAGGGCCAACGGCACAACACAACUGCAAAACACUCAAGGUAAUUCAUCGGAAAGCCGAGAAAUGGGCACUACAGCAUGGAUCACAAUUCGCGCCAGCAAAGUACGAACUUGUGCACUUUUCGAGGGAUCCCAAGGCCAACACCACGCACUCCCUUCGCCUACCACACGCCACUAUCAAGGCCUCACCAUCUUGUCGAUAUCUAGGCGUUCAAAUGGACUCCAGGCUACGCUGGGACUUUCAUCGUGAAGUAGUCGAAGCCAAAGCCACCAAACGACUGUCAGCUCUGUCAGCCCUAGCAUCAUCGACAUGGGGUACCGGAGUAAUCAACCUCCGCCAAGUAUACAAAGCGAUGAUUAUACCCCAAAUGCUAUACGGCUGCUCUGCUUGGCAUACCCUCGGAAAGAAAGAAAAAGGAAGAGGCAGAGCCAUGGUUGCUGCAAUCUCUCGGAUCCAAAGACGCGCAGCACAAAUUAUCACUGGAGCCUUUCGGACAACUGCAGGUGCGGCCGUCGAUAUAGAAGCACAACUACUCCCGCCAAUACAACAGCUCGAACAAACAGCACUCGAAGCCGCGAUGCGCAUCAGGACCACCCCCCUCUACGCAGAGAUGGCCCCACCCCAUAACGGAAACACCACCCACAGCCCUCUCAACCAACUUUCCAGCAUCCUAGAGAGUAAGUUCAACAUCAAGCUUGAUCAGUUAGAGAAGCGACAACCGCACAUUGUACCGCCGUGGUGGACUCCGCCGUACACCCGCAUCGCCGAAUCUCCAGAAGCCGCAGUGAAAGAACAUAACGCAACAGAACGAACAACACUAAGUAUAUAUACCGAUGGCAGUGGCAUCGACGAACGCGUAGGGGCUGCUGCAAUAGCACCUAUGCUCCAGUUUCGAGAUAUACAGACAAAGAGGACAGAAUACAUGGGUGCAUCGACCACUUCCACGGUGUAUGCGGCUGAACUAAGAGGGAUCGACCUGGCAUUUCAGAUUGUACUUGACAUACACUCAAAGACGAACACGCCUGGAAAAUGUGUGGUCUUUACCGACAAUCAAGCCGCCAUUCAAGCAAUGGCCAACCCGAAAUGUCCCUCGGGACAGUAUAUCCUAGCAGAGGCCAUACGAUCACUCGACAAACUCCGAGAUCAGGGUUGGGAAGUGCAGAUUCGAUGGAUUCCAGCACACAUAGGGAUUCCAGGUAACGAAGCAGCCGACCGAGCAGCCAAGGAAGCCGCCGGUCACAAUCCCAACACAAGAACGAACCCAGAGCCACAGCCAGAACCGGAAUCUGUCCAAACCCUAACGGCAACCACAAAAUCGGCCAUCCGACGGACGAUGAAAAGCGAGUGGGAAAAAUCUUGGGAAAAGGCUAAACAUGGCAGAGAACUGUUCAGACUUGGUGUUCGGCCCGGAAAGGGGGUACUAACCACACAUAUCGGCACACACAGAGCGAUUAGCUCGGUCAUUACACAGAUGCGCACAGCCAAGAUAGCCCUACGCGCAUAUCUCCACAGCAUCGACAAGACCGACACCGAUCAAUGCCAAUGUGGACACGGGCGCCAAACAGUGCGCCAUAUCCUGCUAGAAUGCAGGAACUGGACGGACGAACGACACCGAAUGUGGGCAGGCAAGCAUCCAUGCAUAGACAUCAAAAGCAUUCUCUGUAGCCCGACAAUGGCAGUACAAGCAGCCAAGAUGAUGUUGAGGACGGGACUCCUGGAGCAAUUCCGGGCAGUUCCAACCACAGUACUGAAAUACACAUAA